AUGGCAAAGAGACCUAUAUCGGUUCUUGAACUUUCGAAUGAAUACAGGUCGUGGUCGAAAGUCAUACCGCGCCCCAGUAGUGUGAUAUACCAUUUCUUUGGCGGACUAUACUGGGCCUCGUUCAUGUUCCUGGGCGCCGCAAAAUUGCAAGCAUGGUCGGCACUGUUCCUCAUCGUCAGCCAUAUCAUUAUACUCACCUACCUAUUUUGGAUCGCUUCCAAGUUCCGAAUGAUGCCGGUUGGCCUGAGGGAGAUGUAUAGGAUAACACCCCCGGACAAGGCCUUGCAAAAGCUAGGAGGAGCGGUCGAGAGUCUGAAAGCCCUUCCUGAGAUAUCAAAGUACGGGCGUUCAGGAAAACCACUCGACGCUCAAAUGUCAGAUCACGAUCCAACACCGCCCGCAAGCCCGACCUCAACCGAUAUGACGGAACUUCCGCGUCCAAUACACCCGAACCUCAAAGAGCCGGUUUGCCACAGUCGAUCCGAACUGCACGACAAGGCCCAAGCACAGCUGGUGACCUGGAAAUGUUCCUGUGGAUCGAUCCUGUCAGACUAUUACACCGAAAUCAUACCAGGAAGCGUGGAGCUCCUUCAAGCGGAGCUGCAGGAAGAGGCUUCCCCUUAUUCUAACAGCUUCAGACUCUUGUGGUGGAACCUUCAAGCCUGGAUUACGUCCACACUCAGGACCAGGGCAGUUCCUUCUCAAAACCCAGCCAAUACAACGCAGGGGUCUCCAGAAACUACAUCCUCCUCUUCCUCAGCCGGGCUUCGAGUCCCAGGGUAUAAUAUCAGCUCUAGCUCUGGAGAUCCCACACAGACUCCCUCGCAGCCUCUCUCUGCUCCUAGGAGUGUCAAUCCGCCACAAGGGCAGCCAUCGGCCUCACGGGUCUUUUAUCUACUCUUAUGUCUUCCUGAAAAGUUAUCCGGCUUCAGACUAUAUCAUCAGCAGCUUCUACAAACAACAGGAUCAGCUCACCUGCCGAAUUACGUGGUCAACGACAAGCAACUCUUCAAUCUCUUACGACGGAAGUAUUCAGCCGUGCGACGGCGCACGGUUUUCUCGCUACUCUGGCCGAGGACAGUGAUUCGAGUAUCGCUGGCUCAUUUCCUCGUGGAUGGCUCGGACCUUGUCGAACUUAUCCACUAUGCGUGCCACGGGGCAGGGGCCAAUUGCAAAUGCAUUCCGCCGGCCACCGAUAAUGGGUACCAUUGCGUUCCCCGGCCAUCGCCGUAUAGUCCUCCUAUUGGGACAAAUUAUCUGACGCACCUCUUCCAACACCCAGAGUGCAUCAGGAAUGGCAAUAAUCGGGUCCUCAACCAGGUUCCGAAACGAUUUGGGCAGUGCAUAGCGAUCUCUGGGGAUAAGGCGAUCGAGGCUUGGGGGAUCGAGUUCGAAGAAGGCUGGGACCGCGGUCGGCUCAGGAACGCCGUCUUCCUCGUUGUCGUGGUGGCGACACUGUUGUUUGCGACUCUCUGGGCCGUGAUGGAGCACGACAUACAAAGUGCGUUUGCCAUUUCAGCUUAUUUCAUAUCUAUCCUUGCGAUUGUAGGCGGGUACAUGGCUUCUACGGAGCCAAGGCUGGUUCACAAAUGA